AUGUCUACAGAGGUGAAAGAUUACAAACUUUGCUAUGUUGAGCAUCUUUUGCAAUCGCAAGGCUGCUGUCAUCUCUGCAUGAUCGUGCUCUCUUCUCUGCCGGAAGAAUCAAAGUCAAAGCCGAUGGCCAUGGUGAUCUUGUCUGCGGUCCCCAUGGAUGAUUAUGGGAUCGACAGCUUUCCGUUAAGGGUUCAAAUAGGAGAGACGGAAUCAGAAUACUGCAAAUGGGAAGCCUUCGCCAGUCCCUUCCUCUUCUUGAGAACUCACAACAGUUUGUCGCGCCCUUCAAGCUGUACGAAACUGACUGAUCGAGGCGUAGCUGGACAGGAAGAUAUGUUCGACGCCCCAAAACUUGUCCACAACUUACGGAUCAAAUGGCAAGUAUCCAACGAGAAUUAUCCAGAUUACCUUGGACGGUGUGAGGCUGUUCCAGGGUGGAAGAGUUCGAAAAUGCCAUACCACUUGACGAGCUUCCACGAAACUUCAGAGAAGCGAUUCGCAUCGUCCGUUAUCUAG